AUGGGCAAAGUCACCAAGUGGGUGGGAAUUGCCAUUGGCAUAGCUGUAGCUUUAGGUGUUGGAGUUACUAUCGGUUGGUUUAGUAAACCAGAAGCUGAAGCUAAGAAUGCCGACGAUUUUGAUUUCAAGCUAAUUGAUAAUUUCGUGAAUGCUGUUGACUCUCAGAAGUUGGAGAAAGAGACCGAAUAUUUGAGUGGGGUGAUUCGAUGGGCUACUAGUCAAGGUGACUAUGAAAUGGCAGACUACAUCAUCAACAAAUGGAAAGAUCAACUAGACGAUGCUUGGUCGAUGGACUAUCAGAUCCUCCACUCCUACCCUGACGAGCCUAACUGCUACGCAAGACUUUCAGGGGGAUUCACUCUUCGUAAAAAAGAAGAUGGAGAUGAGUUCCAAAACGAUGAUCAAGUGUUGAUGUUUUAUAAUGCCUUUGCUCCUCCUACUGAAAAUCCCAUUUCCACUUCAAAACUCGUCUACGGACAUUACUGUAAUCCAGACAAUGUUCAAUGGCUUCUAUCUCAGGAUCCUGAUAUUUUCCAAGAUUCAGUCGUCAUCUGCAAAUAUGGUGGCGGCGCUGGGCGACCAGAUAAAGGCAGAAACGUGAAACCUUACGGUGCUCAAGCAGUCCUCAUCUUUUCUGAUCCGCACGAUGCAUCUGAUGAAAACGACAAAGUUUUUCCCGAGGGUCCCGGAAUUCCAGAAGAUACUGUUCAACGAGGCUCCGCGAAGUACAAACGUGGUGAUCCGACUUCACCGGGUUAUCCAUCAAUCGAAGGGGCUUAUUUUGACGAUUGGAGAGACCUCCUCAACUAUACUAGAGAACAAAUAGACUCGCCGCACAUUUGGGCACCACUUCCAUCUCAGCCAAUUGCUUGGGGCGAUGCACAACACUUGCUUUCUGAACUGGAAGGUGGACCUGUCCCACAAGAAUGGAAGGAUGAGUCAGCAAUGGCUACUCUUAUGAAUUUCGGAGGGAGCAUCAAGAACGGUCAAACUUUUGACAUUCAGAUCGCGGUCAAGUAUGAACGAAAGAAGUCUCAAGAUGUUAUUGGAAUAAUCGAGGGAUCUGAGUACCCAGAUGAGUAUGUCUUGAUUGGAAAUCAUCGCGAUUCUUGGGUGCACGGAGCUAUCGACGCAGGAGCUGGAAUGACAUCAAUUUUUGAGAUUUCAAGACUCUUCAAAGAGCUGAACAUCAGGCCAAAGAGAACUGUCAUCUUCUGUUCGUGGGGCAGUGAAGAACACGGACUCAUGGGCAGUAUAGAAUUCGUGGAGGAAUUCCUGGCGGUACUCAAAGAACGAGCCAUUCUUUACAUCAACGCCGAUGUUAGUUUCCAAGGAAACGAGUACUUCAGAGCAGGAGCCUCUCAACAAAUGCACGAAUUUGUUUUUGAAAUAACCGACUACAUAAAGGAUCAUAAAGAUUCAAGCAUGAGCGUUACCGAUCGGUGGGUAGAAAAGACUGGAGCUGAUGGCAGACCAAACAUUGGGAAUCCUGGUCUCGGGUCAGACUAUGCUCCAUUCCAUCAUUUUGGAGGCGUUCCGGUGAUUGAUGUUGGCUUCAGCCAGACAACAAGAAAAAUUGGAAUCUAUUCAACAUACCACACUGGAUACGACAACUACGAAUACGUGAAAAUGAUCGACCCAGGAUUCGUUGCUGCAAAGAAAGUGACAGAAGUCACCGGUGCAUUUCUUAUCAGAGCUUCUUGUUCCGAUUUCUUCCCCAUCGAUCCAUCUCCAAUGUCGAGAUACAUCGAUAACUUGGAUGAAAAGCUCCCUGAAGUAGGCAGCGAGAUUUCCUCGAACCAGCAGAAUUUGAUAAAAAGAGCAAGUGCGUCGUUAAAAUCUCAGCUCAUUUCUGCAAAAAAUAACUACGAUACGAGCGAAAAUGCAGACAAGAAGCGAUCAUUUAUGCGUCUACUGAACUUUUCGAAAUAUCUAACGGAUCAAAAUUGCUGCCACCCGAUUCAGCAAGAUCUUCAAAAUGUAGUUGUCACCAGUAGAGCGGAAGGUGGACCAGCAACUUAUCCGGGACUCUCAAAUUACUUCGCUCUUGGCGACAAAGAGGAGAUCCAACGACAGGUCGGAAUUCUGAUAACAAGACUCAAUGCUGCAGCAGAUUACCUCAAUCUAAAACCUUUCUCUGUUCGUGCAAAUAAUCAAUGA